AUGGACUGUCAACCGGAUAUCGUAGUUGCUAUUGAUUUAGGUACUACUUACACAGGUGCGGGAUGGACAUCACGGCGCACUCCAGUCCACAUCAUUGACCAGUGGCCCGGAAGCGGAGGCCUCGUUGAACAAAAAGUACCGACGGUUUUAAUCCACAACGCCAACAACACCGUAUCCUCGUGGGGAUUCAACUGCGAAGAUGACGAAGACUCCCACGGGAGCAAAAGACGCCGGGAGCUCUUCAAAAUCUUCCUCGACCACGCAACCCUCGAAGAAGCCCAGCGCAAAGGCGUCUCCAACCUCCCAAGCUCCACGGCCGAGGCGGAAGGGUUUGUGUCCGACUAUCUAAAGCAAGUGUACGCUUGCGUCAAAGACAAGAUCGAGUCGGAGAUGGGCCUGUCUCCGUAUGGCAGCUGGGGCCAUUUGGCCGUAGAAUUCCUCUUCAGCGUGCCGACGACGUGGACGAACCAGGGCAUCGUCAACAGCUUCAACCGAAUCAUCUACGACGCGGGAUUCGGGCGCGAAGGACCCCGACACAAGGCGCUGGUCGAUCUCACCGAGGCACAGGCCGCGGCGGUGGCGACCCUGCUCUACAGCACCAUUAAUUUCCAAGCGGGCACGGUGUUCCUCACCGUCGACGGCGGGGGCGGGACGACGGACCUCGCCCUGAUGCAGGUGACGUCUACGGACGAGGCUUUCCCCAAGCUGGCGCAGCUCUGCGCCGUCUGCGGAGUGGGCGUGGGCGCGACGCUGAUCGACCAGGCGUUUGCAAACCUCGUCGCGCGCAGGCUGAGCGUGUGCCCGGAUGUGAUGCAGCUGCUUCCUUUGGACUACCCGGCUCGGUUUGCGCGGAGCCACGCGUUUAAGCAGGUGAAGCAUAAAUUUGGCGAGCAGGCCGUGAUGCUUCUUCCGUCCGGCAAGAUGGUCUUUUCGCGUCAAGAGAUUCAGUCUUUAUUCGACCAGCAAAUAGUAGGCAUCAUGAACAAGAUUGUAGAGCAGCUCGACUGGCUGAAAGCAAAUCACCCGUCUCAACAAGUGCACUACAUGAUCCUAUCCGGCGGCCUUGAAGCUCCGCAUACGUUCGCCAGCAACUACAACAAAGAUUCAUGUCCUUCCCGCACCCCAACGCUCCUCAAGUGA